ACAGUAUCGACCGGAAAAUCACAAAGAGUUCUUGAAUUUUGUUCAGCAACGUGCCGAGGAGGUUAAUGUUCGAGAAUUUGCUGUUCAGGACGCAAAUAGCGCAGCUCUUUAUUUGGCGAACAUGGAUCAGAUUCGGGCAUUCCGUCAUCGUCACUGGAACUUCACUAAGGAAUACAUAAUCAAAAACACUGUACAUCCAGUCGCCACUGGAGGUUCGCCUAUUGUUACCUGGCUUCCAAAUCAACUUUCCACUAUCAUAGAGCAGAUAGCACGCAUUGGUCAAGCCAUCAAAUAUUCGCGAUUGAAUUUAGAGAAUAAAAUUCUUGUUGAUGAGAUUGUAAGGAAAGCCGAAACUCAGCGUCGAGUUCUGAGGCGUGAAGUGGGAAUCCUGAAAGAAAUGUUUGGCGCAGAAAGUCAGGAUCGUGUGGUUGUUUAA